UUUCAAAUCAAGAUCAAGCGGCGCGUGUCAGUGACGUCAUUGCGCGUCGCUGAAUGAGCGGUUGUGGCUACUAGCAAACGCCAACUCGUCGAAACAAUCGUUGUUACAGAACAUCUAUAACUAUUUUUUAUUUAUUUAUUUAAUUUCAAGUAUAUUUGAUCAAAGCAACAGGAAUGUCUCUGGAGACAUUCCCGAAAGAUCUGCGUCAUCCGAGAGCGUGUCUGCUAUGCUCUCUCGUCAAGACUAUUGAUCAGUUUGAGUACGAUGGAUGUGAUAACUGUGAAUCAUACCUGCAGAUGAAGGGCAAUAGAGAGAUGGUAUAUGAAUGCACAAGCUCUUCUUUCGAUGGGUGCGUAAUUACAUUUCUCAGAAAUCACUCCAUGAUCAUCAUUUACUCUCCCUAUCCCUCACACAAGGUUGAUGUUGUGUUUUGUCUCUCAGGUGUGGUGCGAGAGCUGAAGAGCAGAGGCGUCAUCUACAGAUCUAGAGACACGGCUGUUAAAACAUGAAAACAGUUUGCAGAAGUUUCUGGAUCACUUGUUUGUAAAGCUACACUCCUAACCAGCUGUUUUAGUUAUUACUGAUCUUUUAUUUCAUUUAAUGUCUUUUGGUUUUUUCUUUUUUACUUGCUUUUUUGGUAUUUAAAGCGAUUUAUGG